AGAUGGUCUUCACAAUGCGGGUUCCAGUGUUUUUAUUGUUCUUUUUUGGAUUGUCUGAAGCUGUUGAUUUUAAUUGUCCCGCUAACAAUAUCACCUCGGUUAGACAAAAUGGUAAUAUUCCUGAAGGAGCCACAAGUUCAGUUGUAAUACCAAAAGGCACAGACUGCACAAUUAAUUUUGACAUUCCCAACGGAUAUGCACUUUUCCUUCAAUUGUCUGUGGGUCCUCUUCAAGCAGAUGAUCAUAUUUUGUUAAUUGACAACAAUAAUCAACAGAGAGAAGUACGCCCUACAACAAAUGAUACAACUAUUCCUGUAUGGCUAGCUGCUACAAUUGCUACAAUUAAAAUCAAAGGAACAACUGGUAACAGCAAGUUCAUGGUCACUUAUCGAUUUAACCAAUUGAUCGGGUUCACUCAAGUAAAGAAAACAACAGGAGAUUAUUUUGAUUUAUCUCAGUUGACCGGAAAUACCUACUUCACAUUCAACUCAUCACCAAAUGACAAGGUUAGGGUAGCACAUGGCAAAAAAACAUCGGAUGCUGAAGAUAAUGCUCUUGAUCAAAUCUUUGUGUACGACGGGGACAACCUUACCACUGCUAAAAUGAUUGGAACUCUUGCUGACAUUGGUUCGCCUAAAUCUGAUAUCAAAUCGUCAUCCACAUCACUGACACUUGUCAAUUUCUACGGUACAAAAUCCACGUCAUACGUUAUUGGAAAUGACGCAACUACAAUGAUUGGAUACAGUAAAUAUAGCUUUAUCGUUUCAAACUCCGGAAGAAAAACUUAUGGAAAUAUGGGUGAUCUGUCCGGAAAUGUGGGCGGAUAUACUUUUCUGUGCCUUGAUUGCAAUCAGUUCUAUUUCACAGAAUUGCAAUUUGCGACUUUUUCCAAUGGAUGGGUCAAUUUCCAAGGGCAAUCACCAACUCAUAAAAAAGAAACGUUGAUUCAAUAUGAUGCUCAAACAUACACAUCAAGCCAAAUGCCACAAGUUAUUCCGACUAAUAUGUUCACGAUCAACAUUCACUUGGCAACAAUUAAAUUUGAUGUUAAUACUGGAAAUGAUGAAGCCACGUGGCAGAGACCAUACGACGGACGUAAAGGAUACAUUAUUUCUCCGAGUCUAUGGAAUCCAAAUGCAAAUCCAAACAAUUUGAACUAUGACUUCCGAAAUGACACUCAACUAUUCACCUACAAAGUUGACUUUGAAAGAAUGAAAUUCAGUUCGAAUGACCAAAUGACACUUCAAAUUGGUUCAGGAACUGGAAAUCCAGCUAUCAACAACCAAUACCCACGUGAUAAAAGUUCCACUGGAUCAGUCUCUUCAAAUGGAAAUUACAUGAAAGUAGGACUCACCGCUAGUUCCAACACCGAAGUUCGAGUUGCAUUUGAAUUCAAGAAAUAUAAUUCUGCAACUUCAAUCGGCAUCUUUAUCACUUUGUUUGUUACAUUAUUGAGAGUAUUUUAAGUUAUUCAUCUUAUCAAUGGAAACAUGUCGGAUAUUUCUUGAUUGCUUCUGUUCUUUUCUUUAUAUGGCAUCAUAAUAAACGUUUUUAAUGACU